AUGGGCGUGUCACAGUCCACCUUGGUCGGAUGGUCUGUCAUCCUCUCUAUUGCAGGCUACUUUGUAUACAAACAAUGGAACGAGAAGAGAGUAAAGGAAUUGGGCAAGCUUGCUGCUCAGCGGAGGAAGGAGGUGGAGCGCGAGGGCGUGCAGGCUCGACGAGACAACAAGGCCAAACGCCAACGGAUGGAAGCGUUUGUGGGCGAGGAAGCUAAACCAAAGCCACAGGCCAAGCCUCAACCGCCGACAUGGCAGAACAAGGCCGCCGACUUCAGCUCCGAUGAUGGAGUGGACAACCGAGAGUUCGCGCGACAGCUCAACAGCGUCAAGCAGGGCACCAAGUUCGCGACCAAGUCCCACGAUGAGAAGAGACAGAAGUCCGUCAAGCAGUCUCGCGCCCAGGAGAAGGAUGCACCAGCGGAGAUCGAAAAGCCAUCUGCACCGUCCUCCACUGCAGGCAUUGAUGCCGAUGACGAUCAGUCCCCUUCCACCUCGCCUGUUGUUGCGGCUGCGGAUGUUGGCGGUAUUUCUGAUAUGCUUGAGAAGGCUGCCCCAGGCCCUUCUGUCCUCCGCUUGACAGACACCGAGGAGAAGAAGAAACCUCAGAAGAAGGCCAAGGCUCCAGAACCAGUCGAGACGAAGAAGCAGAGACAGAACCGAAAGAAGGUCGAGGCUGCAAAGAUUGCUCGAGAGGAGGCUGAGCAGGAUCGCAAAGUCAAGAUGGAGGCCCAGCGUCGCCUUGCUCGCCAAGCCGAAGGCAGGGCUGCCAAGGACGGUUCUGCAUUCAUGGCAGCUCAGGCCAAGCCGUCUGUCUGGACAGGAAAUGGUGUGAAUGGCACUUCCAAAACUCAGACUAGCUUUGGCGAGGACGGCUUCAUUCCUGUCCAGCCAUUGGACACAUUUGAGCCGAGCAGCGUGCAGACUGACACUUCAGUACCCUCUGUGGGCAAAUCCGAGAGCUGGAUGUCAUCUCUGCCUUCUGAGGAGGAGCAACUGGAGCGUCUGCGAGAAGAGGAGGAGGCCUGGAGCACAGUCAAGACCAAGAAAGGAAAGGCCAAGAAGAACGGCAUUACAAACGACAGCAAGACCGACAACUUUGUAACCGAACCCCAGGUGUUGGUGCCAGUCACGAACAAGUCUGCUUCGAUGACACAACCUGCUACCAAUGGACGGCCCACCAAAGCCUUCACACAAAAGUCAUCUUUCGCGGCUCUGAGCACUAAUGAAGCCGAUGACGCCGAGGAGGAGGCAGAGUGGGAUGUCUAA